AUGGAUUCUAAAAAAUUAUCUGAUCAGUUUGACAAAGCCGUCUCUUUUAUUUCUGGGUCUAAUUUAUCUGAUGUUGACACACAGCUUAAAUUGUAUGGGUUUUAUAAGCAAGCAAUAGAAGGUAUAUGUACUCAACCAAAACCUCCAAUAUAUGAUCUAAAAGGUCGUAAAAAAUGGUAUGCCUGGUCUGAAAUGGGUUCAAUGUCUAAAGAAGAAGCUAUGACCUCAUACAUAAAUUUAGUAACCACAAUAAAUCCAAACAUAGAAGCAGAAAAAACUGGAUGGGUGACAGUAAGUACAUUUGCCAAUGACGAACUACCACUGUCAGAAAAUGAAAAAACCAUUAGUGAUUGGGUUAAAGAAGGAGACUUAAACAAAAUAAAGACUUUUAUUGGCAACAUAAAUGUUCGUGAUUGUAUGGGAAUGGCACCAAUCCACUGGGCUUCAGAUCGUGGAGAUUUGGAAAUUUUGAAAUUUUUAGUGGAAAAUCAUUCAGCUGAUGUCGAUUUACAAGAUUACACGGGCCAAACAGCUUUACAUUACGCUGUAUCUUGUAGUCAUGAAGAGAUAUGUAAAUAUUUGGUUAGCAUGGGUGCAACCAUAGAUAUUCAAGAUGAGGAUGGAUUUACUCCACUAUUAAUGUGUUCGGAUGAAAAUAUAAAAACACUAUUGUCAACAAAUUAA